ACAGCCCGUUUCAACUGUAAUGGACACGUGGUCACACAGGUGGCGCUCAUAGGUGCAGGUGGUAUCACACUUUAAAACGAACAGGGAGGACAUGAUGGACAGUCCAACGAACACAGUCACAAAACAUAAGUCCAUUACACCACAGCGGGAGUUUUAGUUUUAUUGGACCGAAGCAGAAAUAAAUACAUUUGUAGAAAAAACAACUGCAUUAAAAUGUAUUCAGUGCGUAUGGAAUAAAUUCUAAAUCACUGUACCGCAUCUGUCAUAUACACCACUGAACUGAUGAAACCCGAAAAUCAGACAUUUAAAAGGUUCGAACAUUUUUAUUUCAGUGUGAUGAUGCAAUCAUGUAAACAGCAGGAAACGGAGAGCUGACCGUGGGACUCUGAUCCCUGGGUUCAUUAUCAGCAAAGAAAAUAUGUUUAUGUUUUGCUUCUCACCUUCCAACGCUGAUUUCAUCCCCACCUACAACAUUCCUCUAACUGCUGUUGUUUUAUCAUCAUCAUCAUGUUUCAUGCCCGUCAACAUCAGCCUCAUCCUCACCACCUUCAUCCCCGCCAGCAUCAUCCUGUGGGAGGAGCGCAGACAGCGCCGUGUGGCAGGCCUGCAGCGCGCUGCAGAUGAAGCAUGGCAGGCGACAGCGACACAAAGCCAGGUGACCAAGCCGAGAAUGAGAGCAAUAAUCGGCAGCCUUUCCUCAUUGGCGUGGCCGGGGGGACAGCCAGCGGAAAGUCAUCAGUGUGCAACAAGAUCAUGGAGCUGCUGGGGCAGAAUGAGAUUGACCACCACAAGAGGCAAGUGGCCAUCCUCAGCCAGGACAGCUUCUACAGGGUCCUCACCCCAGAGCAGAAAGCCAAAGCACUAAAGGGCCAGUUCAACUUCGACCACCCAGAUGCAUUUGACAGUGACCUCAUAAUCACAACUCUGUGGGACAUCAAGGAGGGAAAAACAGUGCACAUCCCCGUGUAUGACUUUGUUUCCCAUUCCAGGAAGGAAGAGACGGUGAUCGUGUACCCUGCUGACGUGGUGCUGUUUGAGGGUAUCCUGAUGUUCUAUUCUCAGGAGAUUCGAGACCUUUUCCAAAUGAAGCUGUUCGUGGACACUGAUGCAGACACACGGCUGUCUCGCAGGGUGCUGCGUGACAUCAGUGAGCGUGGCCGGGACCUGGAAGGUGUCCUGGCACAGUACAUCACCUUUGUCAAGCCUGCGUUUGAGGAGUUCUGUCUGCCAACGAAGAAAUAUGCCGAUGUUAUCAUACCAAGAGGAGCUGAUAACCUUGUUGCUAUAAAUCUCAUAGUUCAGCACAUCCAGGAUAUUCUAAAUGGUGGUUUGACCAAACGGCUGAACGGGUGGUUUAAUGGAUACGGAACAAAGAAGAAUCAGCCAAACAUGGAGUCCAGCAGUCGGCCCCACUGAGCACAGCGCUGUCCCUGAGGAGAGGAAGGAAGACGCACCUGCACGUGCUGAAUGUGCUCGACAGCGUGGCUAACAAGGCAGAGCAACUGCCAGGAAAUCAAAAGGCUUUUCAUAUGAUUCUGCUUGGACUGAGGAAACCAGUGAGGAGGGAGCUCUUCCCCUCGUGGAGCUGUUUAAAGCAGCUGUAUUGAGUUUUAGUUCUGUCCUUUGCUUCUGUGCUGUAUGAGACUGAGGGGGGAGAAGUACAAAGAGGCUCACCUGUAAUUUCAUUUAAAACUGCUGCUUGCCUUUACAGCACUGAAACAGAGAAACUAAAGAAGCAGAUACGGCGUCUACAUUUCCAAACACCUCUGACAGCCUUUAACCGUUCAAUAAAUGCAGUGUAGCGACAUGCAGUUUAAUAGCAGGGCCUUACCUUAUCUCAUUACAGGUCAGCGUUCACCCUGUGACCUGACUGAUUCCCUUUAUCAAUGCAAAUUUCCUUUUUCUCAGUUCCAGAUAAAGCAUAUUUUGACUUAUAGAAACAGGUUUUGAACAAAUGUUUUGGGAUUUCUGAUGUGUGUGUGUGUCAUGUGGCUCUAAGCUGCUUCUUGCUUUGUCAUGUGUAAAUCUAAAUUAGUUAUCAGGCAAAUGAAACAACCGAGUUCCACCUCAGAUCAUCUGAUGGAUGACGACAUCUCCAAAGAUCAUGUUCUGUCUCUGUGGACUAACUGUGUAAUCACUGAUUUUUACAUUAAUGUGGUUUUGACAUUACUCACUCACUCAUUUAAUAAGAUGAACAGCUGAUUAUCUUAUUAUGAACUUACCACAAAGUGUUGUUUUCCUUUGAUUCCCUUGAACUUUAAGAUGCUCGUGUGCAAGUUUCACUCAGACAAAGAUUCAGCUGUAAAAUGUCAUAAAGUACAGACGCCCAGUGUGAGUGUGUCCUGUGAAUGGGUUUAAUGCAGGGUUCUUCCUGCGUACGUAUUUCUUAUGACAACGUUCUCAGGUACUCUUUGUUCUCUUCAGUUGACACAUCUGUCACGAACAAACUAUUUCCAUUUCUGCUGUUUUAUCUUAUGUUACUCUGUUUACGUCUAAUCCAUGAGAGCAAAGUGCCACAUGCCACCGAGGGCUCUGUUCAACUUACCCAGAAACAUUUCAUUUGUUUUACGUUACAGACACUGUGGAGUAAUAAUGCAGUGGCAGCCGGGGCCAUAGGCACCACCGAGGACACUGAGGGGCUUUUUUUCCCUGUAGACAUUUUGACAUGUCCGUAUGAUAACAGACUGGACAGCUGACACACC